AUGAUUAAAUUUGAUUCAAAUCAAUUCUUGAUUUUAUCAAUUUAUAUUGUUCAAAUAAGAUUUACUACAACAGAUCACUUUUCUACUUCCAGAAUUUCAGAACUAAACAAUAAUAAAUUACAUAAAUGUCUUUCAUUAUCAUUGCCAUUGUCGACACGUAUUAUUUAUCCGUGUAAUACUUUAAAAAAUCAAAAUAGUUUUCAAUAUCAAUGUACUCAUUUCAAUGUUAGUAGUCUCUCGAGUAUUUUGGGAGGUCGAAUUUCUCAUUCGCCUGCUGUUAUUAUUUAUCCAAGAGACAGUAGUGAUGUUCAAAAUGUAGUCAAAUGUGCAACAAAAUUAAAUUAUAUUGUCAAUGCAUUAGGCGGAGGUCAUAGUUACGAAGGAUAUGGAUUAGGUUCAGUGUAUAACAAUAUUAUAAUUAAUAUGGAACGAAUUAAUUACAUUAAUAUAGAUCAAUAUGAUAGAAUUGGCACAUUUGGAGCUGGUGCUAGACUUGGUCCAAUCUAUUAUACAGCAUAUCAACAUGGGAACUUAACGAUUAAUGGUGGAUCUUGUCCAUGGGUAGGAUUAGCUGGUCAUGCACUUGGCGGUGGUUUUGGUUUUCUUGCUCGAUUACAUGGAUUAUUAUCUGAUAAUAUUAUAGAAAUGACAGCCGUUAAUGAUCAAGGUGAAUUAUUGACAAUAAAUGAAACACAUGAACCUGAAUUAUAUUGGGCAUUACGUGGUGGUGGUGGAGGUUUGUUUGUUAUUGUAACAGAAUUUAAAUUUCGACUAAUUAAACCUCCAUCAGUUGUAACAACAUUUUUAUCUAUAUGGAAUACGAAUGCAACAAAAUACGUAAUACAGCGAUAUCAAUCAUUGAUAUUUAAUAAUAGAACAUUAAAUUUAAAUAAAAAUAUAUUUAUGGAAAUGUUUGUGAACAAAACUCAUGUACAAAUUUUAAUAAUUAAUUUUGAUAUUGACUUAAAAGAAUUUAAUAAAACUAUAUUAUUAUUUUUGAAGGGAUUACCAACUUCAAAUAAUAUUAGUUUCGAUAAACAAGAUUGGUUAAAUUUUGUUUAUAAACAUUCAGGAUUGGACAAUCUUAAUGGUGAUCAUCGACAUUUAUUACUUGAAAAUUUAACAUUGCCAACAUAUAAUUUUAAAGGAAAACAUUUAUUUUAUAAUCAAUCAAUAAAUAAUCAUAGUCUUGAACUAGUUAUUCAUCGAUUAGCAUUAGCUGAUGGGAAUAUUUCUAUGUUAUUCAAUCCUUGGGAUGGUUAUCUAAGUGAAAUUCCAGUUAACAAAACUGCGUUUCCACAUCGAAAUUUUAAAUUUGGUGUUCAAUUUAUGAAUUAUUGGAUUGAUCGUCAGCAGGAAGAGAAACAAAUGAAUUUAUUAAAUCAAAUAUAUUUAUGUCUGUAUAAUGAUUCAACAAAAUAUUCGUAUAUAAAUUAUAUUGAUAGAACUGAAAAUAAUUGGAUGAAUGUUUACUAUAAUACACAUCAACAACGAUUAAUUUCCAUCAAAAAUAUUUAUGAUAAAAAAAAUAGAUUCUCUUUCGAAAGAACAAUACAAAUCAAUCAGAAGAAAACAACAUACAGUUUUACAAUUUUUAUCUUACUAUUUUUCUCCUACUGA